AUUCCAGCUCGAUGUACUCGCUUAGGAAGUGCUUUGCGCUUCAGUAUGAAGCUGGAAGUUAGAGGCAGUAAAGAAGAUGAAGUUGACAAAUGCUCGUUGUAUUUCGUUGACAUUGAUCAGUUUUUCCUCACUGUUUGCCUGCUUACAUGGUGAAGAAUGUAGGACAGGGAUGUAUCCUCCUAAGGGGCCAACGUUUAAAAGUAAUGUUACCUGGUACACACUGGACCUUGACUUACCUCCUGCCCAGAGGUGGACUCAUGUGAUAAAGGAGAAAAAAGCUGAAUUGGCGGCAAUGAUACAGGCAAUAAAAGAUUUAGCCAAUGGCAUUUUUCAUGGAAAAUUAAUUCAUUUAGUGGAUACAGAGUUGCCUUUGAUUGUGGACAUGCUCCCAUACCCUUUUAAUGAGGAAAUUAAAGGAAUUGCUUCUGUCUCUGAUGUCCUUUUAGGAGAAGUUGUGCUUUUUAAUAUCUUCUAUGAAGUUUUCACAGUUUGCACAUCAGUGGUGGCCGAGGACUUAAAUGGAAAUAUAUACCAUGCUAGGAAUUUGGACUUUGGAUUGUUUAUGGGUUGGGACCUGAAAAACCAUACUUGGACUCUAACUGAGAAGCUCAAGCCACUUGUGGUGAAUGUUGACUUGAAGCGAAACAACAGAACAGUUUUCAAAUCAACCAGCUUUGCGGGAUAUGUGGGAAUGCUCACUGGCAUUAGACCUAAAGAAUUUACUCUAACCAUGAAUGAGCGUUUCAAUGUUGAUGGAGGAUACGUAGGGAUCCUGGAAUGGAUUCUGGGCAAGAGAGAUGGAAUGUGGAUGGGCUUCCUCACGCGAAAGGUCCUGGAAAAUGCAACCAGUUAUGAAGAUGCCAAAACCCAGCUUGCCCUGACCAAGUUACUUGCACCAGCCUACUUUAUCCUGGGUGGAAACCAGACAGGCCAGGGUUGUGUGAUAACCAGAACCAGAAUCAACACACUGGAUAUCUGGGAGAUUAAUUUAAAACUUGGGAGAUGGUACGUGCUUGAAACGAACUAUGACCACUGGGAAAAGCCUUUCGUUUUGGAUGAUCGCCGGACACCAGCUAUGAAAUGCAUGAAUAAAACCACACAAGCAAACAUUACCUUGUCGACUAUAUAUGAUGUACUUUCAACAAAACCAGUCCUAAAUAAGCUAACCACCUAUACUGCACUAAUGGAAGUAUCAACUGGGAGACUUGAAUCUUACAUCAGAGACUGUCCAAGUCCAUGUACUCCAUGGUGAUUGACUCAGGACUGAACAUACUGGUAAAGCUGGUAGUGUGUCUAUAGAAGACUAUAAUGAUUCACGGUCUCUGAAAUAUUACAUUAAAUGUCAUUUCUAUGGGUGCUUUUUACUAAUACAGAAAUAACCACUUCAAUGUUCUAACAAAAGUUUAAAUGUUUUAUGUUGUGGCCAUACUGUGGGGAAAAUGCUUCUGACUGUAGUAUUAUGAGCAAUUUAUAAUUUAUGUAAUGUUUGAUUAAUGUUGUUUUUUAAUUCUUUUCCAAAUAAAAGUAUUUUUCUCUUUG